UCAAAUUUUCUGAUAGUAGCAGGAGAAUAGUAUGGCUGAUAAGAAUUUAAGCGAUUGUUCUAUAAAUUAUGACGUUCUGGAAGAAUUUUCUGGAAAAAAUUUAACAGAACGGGAAAAAGAAGAAUGGCCGUGCGAACUACUUUUAUUUUGGGUAGAUAUUAUUCCGUUUGUGAAAUUAGUGAGAUUUUUACUUUCCUAUGGCACAACAUUUAUAGUAAUAUUCGGUGUAGUGGGAAAUAUCUUGUCAUUCGUUGUGUUUAUCCAGCGGCAGAUGAGAAAGGACGCGCAAAAUGUUUAUUUAGCUGUACUCGCCGUAUAUGACACCUGCACUCUUUUGUUUAAUUUUACGAUUGGUGUAAUGCGUGCCGGAAGCGAGGAGGUAAACAAGGUGUUCCAAGACAGCGAGGAGCUAUGCACUGUUCACGGUGUAGUAGUAGAACUUUUCAACAUCCUAUCUGUGUGGAUUUUAGUUGCUUUCACUGUAGAACGGUUCAUUCUUUUUAAAUUUCCUUUGAAGUAUCGGCCAUCUUUGAGAAACGCAUACAUUACCACCCUCAUUGUGACACUGAUUGGAGCUACAGUCUCACUCCACAAGAUUGCUGUGUCCGGAUUCGAGGGAGACUCAGUGUUUGGUUACAAAGCAUGCAAGACAAGAAGGAAAAUCUUUAAGGAAAUUGUGUAUUUGUACGUUGCAGUAAAUACAUGGCUGCCGACGGCGCUAAUCACGUGUGUUAACCUUGUAAUCAUUCGUGAACUAAGACUGAAUCGCCGGCGUCGGGACAUAUUGACACAAUCCAUUAUGUCGGCAGCCGACGACAAAACUACGAAAUUACUCUUACUUGUCUCAACCAGGUACGUUCUUCUGGUACUGCCAUUAGGAAUUGUCCAAACAACGGAACUCAUCUGGAACGGAAGUAUGGCCACUGCGACCGGAAGUACCGCUUAUGUACAUUUCAUGACGACAAAAAUGAAACUAAAAUGGACGCGAGCUUUCUUUUUCUUUUUCUACCAGCUGAAUUUUGCGAUAAAUUUUAUUCUGUAUAUGACGUCGUCGUCGGCGAAAAAGUUUCAGUUUUAUUUGAGACAUGUUCUUGGACUGAAACAAGUGCUGGUUGAGCCAAAUACUUCAUUUACGGUGCCUUCUGGUUUUAACUGA